CUCUCUCUCUCUUGGCCCUCCAAGUUCGAGGGCCAGAAAGGGUCACCUCACGCGGUACAACCAUUCCCCCAUAAAAGCCCUCUCGCCUCACCUCUCUCUCCACUCUAUCCGCCACUCCCGUUUUACCCUGCCCUAAUUCAUAAAUCUCUCUCUCGUGUUCGGAUCCAAGGAUCUCAAUUUUCAGGCUCCAUUGUCAUUAUUCAACUAUUUGAGGCCAAGGUCAUACUACAAGCUCCCGAAUCAAGCCCCCUUUCCAUGUGAGAGAGAAUGCCUGCUACCGAUUACCAAAGUUCCUCUGCUCACUUGGCUUCAUUUGGUCGUUCAAUUCUCAGUAUCGGGCGAAACGAGGUCCGGCCCAUGGACCCUAACCAUCAUGAACCCAGCUCAAGCCAAGAACAAGAACUCGAAGCCUUUCAGAGGCUUGUAUCAGAGAGACUCCAUGACCUAGCUACUACCCCGCAAGAAGACCUUCUCUCUAUCUCAUGGGUCCAGAAGCUCCUUGAUGCCUUCCUCUUUUGUCAAGAACAAUUCAGGCUAAUCCUCUUGAACCAUAGGGUUCAGGCCUCAAAACCGCCACUGGAUAGGUUAGCUGGUGAUUUCUUUGAACGAAGCGUAAAGGCCCUUGAUGUAUGCAAUGCCAUUAGAGAUGGGAUCGAGCAGGUUCGACAAUGGCAAAAGCACUUAGAAAUUGUGCUUUUGGCUCUUGACCCAAAUCAGAGGAUCAUAGGAGAGGGCCAAUUUAGAAGAGCAAAGAAGGCACUGACAGAUUUGGCCAUUGCUAUGCUCGAUGAGAAGGAAGCUGGCUCUGUGCUUGCACAGAGAAACCGAUCAUUUGGGAGGACCACCAAUAGGGAGCGGCAAACUGGUCAUUUCCGGUCCCUUUCAUGGAGCGUUUCUCGCUCAUGGUCAGCCGCUCGCCAGCUUCAAGCCCUAGGGAACAACGUGAACCCACCAAGAAACCAUGAGAUCAUGGCCACAAAUGGGCUGGCUGUUCCUGUGUACACCAUGAGCUCAGUGCUCUUGUUUGUGAUGUGGACUUUGGUGGCUGCAAUCCCUUGUCAAGACCGGGGCCUGCAAAUGCACUUCUCAUUCCCCCGUCACUUCUCUUGGGCCCCUGCACUCAUGUCUUUGCAUGAGCGAAUUGUUGACGAGUCGAAGAAGAGAGAUAGGCGAAACUCAAGUGGGUUGCUUAAAGAGAUUCAUGGGAUAGAGAAGUGCACUCGCCAUAUGACGGAAUUGGUGGAUUCUGUUCAUUUUCCUUUAUCAGAGGAGAGGGACCAAGAGGUGAGAUGUGAGGUUAAAGAAUUGGAUGUUGUUUGCACGGCCAUUAGAUAUGGACUGGACCCACUUGAACGCCAAGUGAGAGAGGCUUUUCACAGGAUUGUUAGGAGCCGGAGUGAGGUAAUGGAUUGCUUGGGCAGGCCUAGUGUGCCUGAAUGAUUAUUGGGUUACAUUGAGAGUUGGGGCAGUGUACAAUUUUGGUGAGUUGUUUAGUUUUUAGUUCAAGAUUUGCUUUUGCGGAUGGUGGGGUAAGGAAAAGAAAAAAAAGAAGAGUAAUUUGGGGUUGGGGCCUCUUCUCUCUCUCCGUGAAGAAGAAUAAGGGUUUUCAGUGAUCCAAUGGAAGCAGGUAGUGGGCACUUCUUUGUGUCUAUCUAUGUCUUGUACAAAGAGAAUCGGCGUUGGCUUGCAUCCAUUGGUGAUGGGGUUCGGCUUGUGUCUUUUCCCUGUAUUAUUCUCUUGAAUAUUCUGAGUAGUUAAUCUUAUACUUCAGGUUGAUUUUAUGAAUGCUGAUUCUGUCCAUGUGGAAUCCUUCUUCUUCUUUCUGUUUUUGACUCUUUGUUCUUCUUUUUCUUAUUUCUUGUAAUUUUUCUAAAUCUCUUUUGCAUGAUGAGCACAGCGUUUUUUGCUCAAUCUUUGUGUCAAUGUUCACUUGUUGACUGACUAUAUCCUAUUUGAGUAUCUAUCAAAGGAAUAAUUAUCUGUUGGAA